CAGCAGCAAUAACAAGUGGAUGCAAAUUCUUUAAUUAAAUUUUAAAUAUCUAAACAAUGUCUGGCAUGCAACCCACUUUAGAUGUGAGUUGCAUAAAGAAGGAGGAUCUUCAAGAGGAAGAAGAAUUUGAAGAGGAGGAGUGGAACAGCAACAUAGUAAAAUGCAUCAAAGUAGAGUACAUGGAGUUAGCAGAAAAUCAACUAUUGCCAACUGAGAUUGAAGUUGGACCCGUUAAAAUAGAAGAAAAUGUGUACAAUAAUAUCAAAAUGGAAAGCAAACACUUGCUGCAUGUGGAGAAGGCAGCAGGGAAAGUUAGUGCACGAAACUUGAUUGUGAAUGCUGCAAAGGAAACGAAAUCAAACAACCGGCGGGAAGUUGUACGGAUAUUUCAUCAGCGUCUUAUGAGUCUAGAUAUGGCCACGGAUAAGUUUAACAGCAGUUCAAGUUCUUUGCAAAUACGUCACAAGGAUCUCAUUCGAUCUCCAUCCAUUUCUAAUGCCGAGCACAUGCGUGAGCUGCGACAGCGUCUCAUGAACUUGGAUAAGUCCAUUACACCGACUAAAAAGCACCCUGCCAAGACAAGUAACCAGCUUAACCGUGAGCUCGAACAGCGACAGAUGCAACAUGACAGCGUCAACACAACCAAAAGGAACACGAUACCUAAAGAAAUUAUAGUCUUGCCUCCAAGAACUCCACCUAAAUCAGGUGCUCAACGAAUGCGUGAGUUGCGACAGCGUCGUAGAGAUCUUCAGAGUGCAAAUCAAUCUAGAAAAGAGAUCAUCAGCCAAUGUACAAACUCCCGUCCACCAACUCCCCCUGAGUUGAGUGUUAAGCGUAUGCGUGAACUCCGCCAGCGGCUCUUGAAUCUCGACCAAUCUCUCAAAGCAAAUUCAAAAAAUCGGGAACAGUAAUAUUUUAAAAAAAUCUGAGCAUUAAAACAAUUGUAAAGAAUAAAUUUAGCUGUAAUACUCGUAAUUAAAGACUGUUAUUGCUAUUCUUUAAC